AUGCGUGCAUCUUUAAGCAAGUCGGAUAAUGCAUUGAGCAGUAAUACUAAUGUUAUCAAUAGUCGAUUCAAACGACAUCACAGUAUUGACGAUGAUUAUCCUGUAAUAUCUUCAUCGUUGUCGAAUGAUGAAAAAAAAAUUCAUGUACAUUUUCAUCCUGAUCUCAUAUCAUCUGAUCAUCGUGUGCCAUUAUUAAAUGACAGUCAACAACAAAUAACAUUUCAAAAAUCUUCAUUCUCAUCUGAACUUGUACGUGUUGUGGAAUGGUUCCAUCAACUUGAUAGUCGACAAAAAGAAGUAUUGCUACGAGAAUUAAUUAGUUCGUGUUCCGGUUCACAAUGGCAUCUUUUAUCAUUAUUAACAGCUGACAAUUGGCAUCGAAAUUGUCCGAUCGAUUGUUCAGAUCCAUUGGCACAAUUACCCUUUGAUGUUUCUUUUCAUAUUUUAUCAUUGCUCGAUCCAAUAUCAUUAACUCGAUGUUCACAUGUAAAUAAACUUUGGUAUUAUUUAUGUUCACAUCCAGAAUUGUGGCGAAAAUUAGCUACACAAAAAAAAUGGUCGUUUUCAUCAGCGAUUCUCGAUCAACAACAAAUUGAAUCUCACACGAAUGAACAAGAUAAACCACAGUGGAAACAAAUAUUUAUCGAACGAUAUCGUCUUCGGUCUCGUUGGUUAAGUGGACGAUGCGAAGUUAAAACGUUUCAUGGACAUAUUGAAGGAGUUUCAUGUGUUCAAUUUGAUAGCCAAACAAUCAUCAGUGGUUGUACGGAUGGUACAAUUAAAGUAUGGGACAUGAAUACAACAAAUGAGAUUAUUACGUUGGUUGGCCACUCACGUAGUGUCAGAUGUUUAUAUGUAGAUGGUACGAAUGAAGUUCGAUUGGUUAGUGGCUCGAAUGAUCACAGUAUUAAAGUUUGGAGUAUAUCAAUCAAUCAAACAUGGUCAAAAUGUGCAUGUAAAUUAACUCUACUUGGUCAUACGGAUACUGUUCGAUGUCUUGUUGUACGUGAUGAUAUUUGUGUGAGUGGUAGCCAUGAUAAUUCGGUUAAAGUCUGGAAUUUAACGAAUGGAUUGUGUUUACGAACAUUAGUUGAUCACACAGAUAAAGUACUCUGUGUUCAAUUUAAUUGGGACUUCAUUGUUUCCGGAUCAACUGAUAAAACAAUCAAAAUUUGGCGUUAUCUUGAUGGUAUUUGUCUACGCACACUUUCAGCUCAUAAUGGUUCAGUAACAUGUCUCUAUUUUGAUCAACAACAAGAUUUAAUCGUAUCGGGUAGUCUCGACUAUGAUAUACGCUUUUGGCAUUUAUCUACAGGUGAAUGCUGUCAAAAACUUGAUUGGAUAUCAAAAGAAGGCCAUCGGGGUGUUAUUCGAACAUUGAAAGCCGAUAGUUGGCGUGUCGUUAGUGGAGCUGAUGAUAAAACUAUCAAAGUAUGGGAUAUCCGCACUGGUGUUCGUUUAUGUACAUUAAAAAACCAUACGGAUGGUGUAACGUGUCUUUCCUUUAAUGAUUAUCUUAUCGUGUCGGGUUCAUUCGAUGGCAGUGUAAAGUUAUGGAACUUUCGAUCGUAA